AUGUCUCGACUGCAGCAGGACCAGUUCGUCGACGAUGACGAGGAGGAGUGCUGCCCGCUCUGUGUCGAAGAGUUCGACCUCUCGGACAGGAACUUCCGCCCCUGCCCAUGCGGCUACCAAUUUUGCUACAACAACAUCAAGACGACUAUGAACGGACUGUGUCCCGCCUGCCGCCGCCCCUACGAUGACUCCACGAUCGAGUGGAAGACCAUCUCCCCCGAAGAGAUGGCACAACACAAGCAGCUCAUCGCGCAAAAGGCCAAGAAGAACGCCCAGAUACGGCAGAAGGAAGCACAGAAAGCCGAAGCCGACUCUCUCAGCCGCAAGCACCUGUCUGGUCUGCGUGUCGUCCAGAAGAACCUCGUAUACGUGACCGGUCUCACGCCGACGAUACGCGAAGACGAACUACUCAAAACUCUUCGCGGAGACGACUACUUCGGCCAGUACGGCAAGAUCCUCAAGAUUGUCGUCAGCAAAGCCAAGGAGAACGCGCAGCAUCAACAGUCGGUGGGUGUUUAUGUGACAUUCGCUCGCAAGGAAGAUGCAGAGAAGUGCAUCAAUGCUGUCGACGGUUCUCAGAAUGGCGAGAGGACAUUAAGAGCUCAAUUUGGUACUACGAAGUACUGCUCAGCGUAUCUCCGCGGCGAGACCUGCAAUAAUCGCAAUUGCAUGUUCUUGCACGAACCCGGCGAAGACAACGACAGCUUCACUCGCCAAGAUCUCUCCAUGAUGAACUCCAUCCAGACGCAACAACCGUCACAAUCGUCUACGUCUCGAGCCGCGCCCCCCGCUCACCAGGGUCCCGCUGUCGCUGCCGCCAUCCCGAUGCAUCGACAGGAUAGUACCGAUACGUCGAGCUCGAUACACGAGGCGCCCGGUUUGCCUGCAACCGCUAGCUGGGGCAGUAAGGCGUUGCUGGAACGCCGAGCCAGCCGAUCCACGGUCGCUUCGAACAACGCCAGUCCCAUGGUCACGAAUGCUGUCCCCGCGCAACCACCCAAACCAUCGAAGGCAGCUGAGCCACCAAAGAAGAAGGGCAAGGACAAAGAAAAAGAAAAAGAAAAGGAGAAAGAGAGGGAAAAGGAGAAGGCUGCACAAGCAUCGAAGGCUGCAACCCCACCGCCUGCUCCGACACCCGCACCCGCUGCCCGACCGCCGAAGCCCCGCGACAAUGGUAUUCACGAUUUACUGAAGGUCAUCUGCUCGCCAGACUUCAAGUUCGUGUUCUCGAGCGCCGUUUUAUCUGAGGAAGAACUGAAAGCUGUCACCGAGUUUCCUCAACUCCUGGAUCCCAAUGGCGGUGCUAAGCGUCGUGCCAUUAAAGAAAAGAAGGAGAAGGAACUGGCACUGCAGCGCGAGGCUGAAGCAGAAGCUGUUGCUGUAGCAAAGGCAGCGUCCCAGCAAGCCCCAGCUGCUGAGCGUGAAGACAACGAAGCAACGGCUGGCGGCAGCUUGCAGCUAGGCGGAGAGCCCGAAGACGGUCCCGAGACAAGCACCAACCACCUCAAUCAACACGCGAUUGCACCACCUGGUCAGCAAGGUUUUGGAGGCAGCCUUUUCGGACAGAACACGCCUUUGGCCGAGGACUUCAGCAGCCUGGGACUGAGUAACAGAGGCCUUACACCACAGCAACAGCAGCAGCUGUUGCUCUCCAACUUCAAGUCUGGCACCCAAGCCACGGGCCUACUGAACAACAUGCCAAGUGCCCAGCAUCCUCAACAGCAGAAUGCCUCUAGCCACACCAGGCACACUUCACGCUUUAGCUUCGCCAACGACAGCGCUUCCGCUUCUGCGAAUGUGCAGCCUGUCGCAAACCAGAAGCUGAUGAGCCAGCAAAACUCGAUGAUGCCCAAGAAUGCCAAUCAAUUCAACCCCAUGUCUCAGCAUCAGCAGUUGAGUGGGCAGUUCUUCACCAACGUGCAGGGACCCCCUCCAGGACUCAAGCCUACUGGCACACCCCCGGUCAGCGGGACUGGCAUGUUCGGCCAAGGCCACGGUUUCGCUACCGGUGGUCUACCCUACGGGGCUGGCGCAACGGCGAGAAACAACAAUGAUGCCAUGUAUCAAGACCUGCUCCGCAGCCGUAACAUGGACGGUGGUGCUAGACUAGCUGAUGCUGGAAAGCGUGAGUCAAUGUUUCCUUCUUUCCUUAAUCAACAUCCUUCAACUUCCACACCUGCCCCUGCCCCUGGCCUCCUCAGCUUCCCUUAUGGACCUUCGCCUGGAGCUUACCAGGAGUCUGGUUCGCAGAAAUCCAAGAAAAAGGGCAAGAAGCAUAGGCAUGCCAACACUUCCUCCUCUGGGGGUGGCGGUCUUGCCGAUGUCCAAGACCCGAGUAUCUUGCAGGCGAGGCUGCACCAAGGCGGAAUGGCCGGGCAGGGCAUGUAUGGUCAAGGUCAAGGUGGUUUCUCUUCGCUCUAUUCCAACAACAACUACGGCGGCGCUGGACGAUGGUAG